ACGAGUCAAAGCAUAAGGUGAGAAUGUAAAUAGUCGUUCGUAACUCGCCUCGCGUCUCGUCUCGCGCCUCGCAGCGUUCGCGUCCGGAACGGUAAUCUGGGCAAGAGUCAAAGGACCUUGCAACAAAAGCGAGCGUUGUGUUUAGUGUUUACAUUCGCGCUCUCGCUUCAUUUAAGUUUUCAUCCUUGUGCCGUGGCAGAUAAAUCAAAAUGGAGUGGUCCAAAAAAGAAACAUUCCAGUUUUUGAAACUAUUCCAAAAAGAACCAAUGAUUUGGGAUCCCAAAAACAAAUUCCAUAAAAAUAACCAUAAAGUGAAUGAUGCUUGGGCAAGGUUAAGUGAAGAAAUGUGUAGACCUGUACCUGAGUUAAAGAACAAAAAAAAUUCUCUCAUGGCAACCUUUCGUCAGCAUCUGCGGCGCAAAAAACAAUCAUUAAAAUCCGGGGCAGGAGAAGAUGAUGUUUAUAAGCCAGUGUGGCUGUACUACGAUGCCAUGGAAACAUUUUUGGCAUCUGUUUACAAGUGUCAUACCAGUAUCAACACUGAAGAAGGACUUCAUGAAGAACUUAUUUCACCAGGACUACCCAAUGUUGACGAUGAAACCCACAAUGAUAAUGAGCAAAAUAACGAACUUAUCAAUGACCAACACGAUGAACAGAUUAGUGAAAAACACAAACCAGUGAACAAUAAAAAAUCCUUUAAAUCACCUAUCAAAAGAAAACGUACCCAUGAAGAUAGUGAAACUGAUAUUCACAAGAAUAUAAAAGACACAGUUUCUAAUUUAAAUAACAUGUUAUUAAACAGGAAGGAAAACGAUGAAUGCGACUUGUACGCGCAGUUAUUGGCUACAAGAUUGAGAGAAUAUUCAAAACAAGAACGGCGUCAGAUUAUGCAUGACAUUGAUGGGCUACUUCUGGCAAAUCCUCAUAGCCAUACACACUUCUUGUAUAAUGAUUGUGAUGGCUGCACUAGAAAUUGUGAAUAGAUAGUGAAGCUCCUGUAGCUGUCGCCUGUAGCUAAGAAUCUUAAAGUUAGAGCUAAGCGCACUUUUGCUGAGAUGGGUACUCUGAGUCUAGUUUUUUGCUUGAUAAUUAAUAUUACCAUUUGUCAAGUUCAAAACGUUUGACAGCAAUUUUUUUGUGUCCUUUUGAAGCGCCACUAGCGAGGGUCCAGCGAACUAAUUUUGACGUAUAAUGCAGAUGGCUGCUAGGGAAGUCUUUAUUCUGUUUAAAUUUUGAAUUAAUUUGGUUGGAAUUUAAUGUUAGUUUUGUUAUAAGCAUUAAAUAAAAGUAAUCAAGAAUGAGGUCAUGUAUACAUUGUAAGCAGUGUUACGAAAAAACCAGUGAAACAUCAUUCCACAGGUACAUUACGAAAAACUUAGAAGAGAGAAAAGUAUGGCUUCAGAAUAGGAAAAUUAACAACUGGACUCCUAAAACAUGCGAUUCUCUGUGUUCAUUACCUUUCGGUGAUAAAUUUUUCGACAAAUGUUUUUGCAACAACGAAAAAUUAUUCUUUGUCAGUUACAGGUCAAAGUAUACGAAAUUUCUUAACUUGUCAAAUGAUUUGGGCACGUCAGAAAUUAAAAAUAUAAAUUAAAUAUAUAAAA